UGCUCACCCUACAAUAGACUGAUGCUUUCUAGAGUUCAGCACUUGCAACACACAAUGACGUCUCUCCUUGGAUUUCUGUGUGUUCUCUCAGCUCUCACGGCCACUGGUUUUUCUCUCACGUGUAAGGUGUGCACGGGCGCUAAUUUUUCUUCCUGUACCGGAGAAACCACGCAGUGUGCUGCAGACCAGGCUUGUGGCGGUGUCCGUACAAUAUCUAUGGCAUUUGGGGUCACAGUAAAUGAAAUCUACGCCUCGUCUUGUGUGCCUAAUGAGCAGUGUAACACAAAUGGAUCUCUCAGCACUCCCAGCAGCAAUAUAAAGAUCGCCACCUCCUGUUGUUACACUGAUAACUGCACUCCAUCAACACCGACACUAGCCGCCGAUAGCUCCCAGCCCAAUGAUCUGAUCUGCCGGACGUGUCUCUCUGCUGAUUCUGACUAUUGUUACACUGGGGACACCAUGAGAUGUAAUGGAGAUGAAAAUAUGUGUAUUCUCCAACGUACCAAUAUCAUUGGUCAAACAAAGCAAUCUGUGGCUAUUCGGGGAUGUGCCACAAAAAGUUACUGCUCUAUUGGCACCAAGUCUUCAAGCACUGCGAACCUGGAAGUCAAAGUGGCGAUUACAUGUAGCAAUGGAGCUUUCGGUCUGCGCAGUGGUCCUUUUGUUGCCUUUAUUGUCGCUAUUGUAAUGGCUAAAGAUUUUUUUUCUUAAAUAAAGAAAUGCAAUAUUCCUGUA